AUGCUAGAUGAAGGCGGAUAUGUACAUAUAAGGUACAUCACCUCCUCUCCGUUGGUCGAUGUGGGAUGUUUCAAUCCACCCCCUUUAGGGACCCAACGUCCUCGUCGGCACACUCUCAGCACACGGCAUAGUGGCUCUAAUACUAAAUUGUCAUAUCUCGAGAUCGGCUCCGCCGUAGCACGAUAUUGUCCGCUUUGGGGCCCCCUCUUUGCCCUCACGAUUUUGUUUCUGAUAACUCACGAGCAACUUCUUAGUGGGUCACCUUUCCUGGGAUUGCUCUGGCCCCAACUCGCUUAA